AUGGAGAAAUUCUCGCAGUUCCGAGAUCGAGGCUCGGGUAUUGCGCCUUUCCUGCCCAUUCCAUCCGAGUCACUAGGCUUACAGGCCCCUCUCCGAGUCUUCCUCUUUUGCUUUCGGCUGCCCUUGUUCCUUUUUGUAACAUUGGCCUAUUUUGCUAUUCUUCAAUGGCUUCCCAUUGGGUCCUUGGGCAAGAAGGCCGCACUUUGGUGCAUCUUAGGUGUCCCCAGUAUCUGGUGGAUUGACCUCCAAGUGGACGGAGUCAGGAAAGGCUCCCUCUCCAAACAACAUCGGGCAAGUCUCCCACAACCGGGCUCCGUAAUCGCCUCCUCUUUUACCUCUCCCAUCGACGCCGUCUACCUGGCCGCUAUCUUCGAUCCAGUCUUCACAGCCGCCUACCCACAUACCAGACAAGUCGAGCGGAUCUCUCUUCUCCAGGCUGUUCUCCGCACCUUUGCCAAACCCACUACUCAACCGGACCCCGCGGCAAAAUUAGUGGACGUAGCCACCCUCGUUGCGAAAUACCCAAACCGACCCAUCGUCAUCUUCCCUGAAUGCACAACAACCAACGGCCGCGGUAUCCUUCCUCUAAGCCACGCCCUCCUCGGCAUCCCAGCCAAAACCAAGGUUUUCCCCGUCAGCCUACGCUACACUCCCGUAGACGUGGUAACUCCGCUCCCAGGCAGCUAUAUCAGUUUCCUUUGGAGACUGCUCAGCAAGCCCACGCAUUGCAUCCGAGUCCGAAUCGCCAAUUGUGUUACGAUCUCAGGUGUGAGCGAUUCCGCAUCUGCGCGGUCGACGCGGUCGAAUUAUACCUCGAAUUAUUUGGAUACCCUGGAUGAGGCUGAAGGUGGGGUGACAACUGCUGAAAAGGAGUUCCUUGACUCGGUUGGUGAGGCGCUGGCAAGGUUGGGCCGUGUGAAAAGGGUUGGCUUGGGGGUGAAUGAGAAGCAGGAAUUUAUGCUGAAGUGGAGUAAGACUCGGAGGACUUGGUGA